AAUGCCCCAACUCAACACCCAUCCCACAUUUCGCUCCAACUGCCAAAAAAUCCACUUCCCCAACCCCACCAUCCCCACCCCCCCGAAAGGCAGCGAAGUGUUCGUCGGCAACCUCCCCCCAGACAUUCACGAAGAUGAGAUCAUCCCGCUGUUCUCCCAAUGUGGGGCCAUUUACAAACUCCGGCUCAUGAUGGACUUUGACGACUGCACCAGGGGUUUCGCCUUUAUCUGCUACCACACCCCCGAAGCCGCCGCCGCCGCCGUCCUGCUGCUACACAAUCACGCCGUCAAGCCGGGGGUGUUUAUCUGCGUGCAUUUAUCGCGGGAUAAGCGAAGGCUCUUCGUGGGCAACGUCCCCAGGAAUGCCAGUGCCGAGAAUAUCGAGAGGAGGUUGUGCCGGGUUUUUGAUGGGGUUGUCCGGGUUAUGGUGUUCGAAGAGGUGGCUAAUCCGGGGUUGAACCGGGGAUACGCGUUUGUGGAGUUCCAGUCGUACGUUCUGGCCGCCAUUGCGAGGAAGAGGAUGGCGAUGGGGGGUGAGUGUGUGUGGGGGAAGAGGAUGGUGGCGGAUUGGGCCUUUCCGGAACCGGUGGUGCAUCCGGUGAUUCUUAUGCAGAUCAGAACCCUGUACUUCGGAAACAUCCCCGUCAAAUGCACAGAACGCCAUUUCAGGCGAUUCUUGUGGACCGUGCUGGAUCGCUAUCACGUAGAGAGGGUCUACAGAAGGGAAAAUUAUGCGUUUGUGCACUUCAAGGACCGGGAUUUGGCGCACAAAACCCUGCAAAAAUUAAGAUCAGAAUCCUUGAUAAUUUUCAGUCGACAAAUUACGGUGGAAUGGGCCCGGCCUGUGAGCUACAGCAGGAAAACGAGGCGGAAUGAAAUCCGGGGCGAUUUCUGCAUGCAGAAUUAAAAUUUAUCUUCUUGCUUAGUCCUCUAAAUUUAAUUUUGGUGCUGAUUUACUCAUGUUAAUUGCGACAGGUCUGUAAAUCCAGUGUCACACUAUUUUUCGAGAAAAUCAAACGAACUCGGGAAAAGACUUCGGAGACGAAAGAAUUUUUCAUUUAGGGGACGAUUGGUAAUUGCUUCGUGUAUUUGAAAUAAAA